GGUUUCCACUCUGCCUCCUCGGCUAAGAUUACCAGCCUCUCCGUGUCUCUUUUUACUCCCCUGCCCCUCUGUGUCUCAAUCCACCCUCUCCAGCCUUACAUGUGUAUCAUUACCCCUGCCACCCCCUCCAUGCUUCUAAAUCCAUCCCCCCAGACAUCCAUGUGUCUCAAUCCAUCCCCCAGACACCCAUGUGUCUCAUUAGCUCCCUCAGCUCCUCCAUAUGUCUUCUUAGACCCCCAGCCCUACAUGUGUCUCAUUAGCCCCCCGUGUGUCCCUACAGCCCCUCUACCAGCCCUCUGUGUCUCAUUCCAUCCCCUCCAGCCUUACAUGUCUCAUUAGCCCCCCACCCCUCCAUGUUUCUCAAUCCACCCCCAGUCCUCCAUGUGUCUCAAUCCAUUCCCCUCCUCUCAUUACCCCCAAGACCUCCAUGUGCCUUAUCUCCCUCAGUCCCUCCAUAGGUCCCUUUACCCCCUUCCCAGCCCUUCAUGUGUCACUAUACCCCUUCCCAGCCUUUCAUGUGUCACUAUACCCCUUCCCAGCCCUUCAUGUGUCACUAUACCCCUUCCCAGCCCUUCAUGUGUCAGUAUACCCCUUCCCAGCCCUUCAUGUGUCAGUAUACCCCUUCCCAGCCCUUCAUGUGUCACUAUACCCCUUCCCAGCCCUUCAUGUGUCACUAUACCCCUUCCCAGCCCUUCAUGUGUCACUUUACCCCUUCUCAGCCCUUCUUGUGUCCCUAUACCCCUUCCCAGCCCUUCAUGUGUCCCUAUACCCCUUCCCAGCCCUUCAUGUGUCCCUAUACCCCUUCCCAGCCCUUCAUGUGUCCCUAUACCCCUUCCCAGCCCUUCAUGUGUCCCUAUACCCCUUCCCAGCCCUUCAUGUGUCCCAUUAGUUUCUUUGGCCCCCGGGUGUCCCAUUAGUUUCUUUGGCCCCCGGGUGUCCCAUUGGUCCCCCCAGCUCUCCCUGUACCAUGCUGUAGCGUGGUGGAGGAGCUUCUGCUAACUGUACCCGAUCUGACAGGAAGUAGUCAUGUGCUCUCUGUGAGCACUUCCUGUCAGACCGGGUAGGGGAACAGGAGCUCCUCUACCUGCGGUCUGCCUGCCUGGCCGCGCUAAAUUCUGUGACCAGCAAGAGGGGAGCGCAUUACCUCUUGCCGGUCACCCUGUAAUUGCGCCGUGUGGGAAAUUUCCCGGUAUCUCGUAUGGCAAGUCCGGCCCUGUUCCUCAGUCAUAUGUGAAAUGUUUUUAGUUUAAGUAUUUUUUUAAAUUGGGUGAUCUAUUGUUCAGUCCAAAUUAUGAACAUAUUACCAGAGAAAAAAUAUAAAUAAAUAUAUAUAUAUAUAUAUAUAUAUAUAUAUAUAUAUUUAUAUUUUUUCUCUGGACAUAUAUAUACACAUGCAUACACACACACAAAAUAAUAUAAACACAUUUAAAUGUUCCAUUCCAAUCCAUAUUUUUUUGCAAUGCUCCUGCACUCAAAGAAACACAAAAACUGUACCAACUAAAACACACUGUAGUGGUUAUGACGGCAGGAGUAUCCUGGUGCCAUUCCACAAUAAGGUUUUUAAACAGAUUUAAGUUGGUUUGACAACUUACCUGGGUCGUGCCAGGCACCCAGUCUGAUAUGUCAGAUCUGGUUAUCUCCAGGAUGAGAAACCAGAUGUAACUGCUAAGAGCAUUAUUCUGCAAUUGUCUGAUAAUAAAGGUAAUGCAUAUUGGCUUUCUUUGCUUAGCCAGCCCAGGAGACGUGCUCUUUACUCAUUCAAAUGGGGUUUAGCAACAAUUACUAAUGGGUAUGUAUGCAUGUUACUGAAGAGCCCAGGAAGCAGAUAUCAGCUCAUAUGUCAGUUCACCAGUUUUGCUGUUAAUUUCACUAACACAGUGUGCUCUUUAGUACUUGCCAGAAGCAGUUUUCAUCAUACAGACAUUUGUAGGUUAUCAGGUUUGUACUGCAUUCUAAAGAAAACAAUGCAGACUGUACUUCCCUGCUGUUACUUCAGAUGAAAAACAGCAGGUGCUGCUCUUAACAAACUUUCUCACAUUUACUUCUGAGUGGAUCCUGCUUCUGUUACAUGAAUGAUUUUAAAUUGCAUUCACUAUCUUUUUUUUUUUUUUUUUUUUUAAAGGUGUGUGUGUGUGUGUGUGUGUGUGUGUGUCUGUGGUGUUGGUUUCCUAUUGGAUAGUUACUGCAUGGGCGAUUAUCUUUCAGCUGGCAACAAGUUAUUUACCCCAACUGAUGCAAUGAGUAGCUUCUCAUUUCUUUAACAACUUUUCCACGACCACGGGAUGUCUUUUGACAUGGUUGUAUGUUUGAGAAGGGUCAAAUCAUUGGCAUGCAUCAAGCAGAGAAAACAUCUAUGGAGAUUGCAGAAACUACUAAAAUUGGGUUAAGAACUGUCCAACGCAUUAUUAAAAACUGGUAGGAUAGUCCAUCGUCUUUAUUUAUCGUGAUCUGCGAUCACCUAAACAUUUGGUUAAAUCAAAUUGUAGAAAAACAGUAGAACUCAGGGCUAUGUUUAAUAGUGAAAGUAAGAUCAUUUCCACAAUCACAAUGUGAUGGGAACUCAAGGGAUUGGGACCGAACAGCUGUGGUGCCUUAAGAAAACCGCUAAUGGGGGGGGGAGAGAAAAGCUUCAAUUUGCUAGAGAGCAUAAAGAUUGGACUCUGGAGCAAUGGAAGAAGGUCAUGUGGUCUUGAGUCCAGAAUCCAGAGUGAUGGGCGCAUCAGGGUAAGAGAGGCAGAUGAAAUAAUGCACCAAUUAUGCCUAGUGCCUACUGUACAAGCCUGUGGGGGCAGUGCUAUGAUCUGGGGUUGCUGCAGUUGGUUAGAUCUUGGUUCAGCAACAUUAUGUGCCCAAAGAAUCAGGUCAGCUGACUACCUGAAUAUACUGAAUGACCAGGGUAUUCCAUCAAUGGAUUUUUUUCUCCUAAUGGCAUGGGCAAAUUCCAAGAUGACAAUGCCACGAUUUAUCGGGCUCAAAUUGUGAAAGAGUGGUUCAGGGAGCAUGACACAUAAUUUUCACACAUGGAUUGGCCACCACAGAGUCCAGACUUUAACCCCAUUGAGAAUCUUUGGGAUGUGCUGGAGAAGGCUUUGCACAGUGGUCCAACUCACCCAUCAUCAAUAUAAGAUCUUGGUGAAAAAAUAAUGCAACACUGGAAAGAAAUAAAUCUUGUGACAUUGCAGAAGCUUAUCGAAACAAUGCCACAGUGAAUGUGUGCCAUAAUCAAAGCUAAAGGUGGUCCAACAAAAUAUUAGCGUGUGACUUUUUUGGGGUGGCGACUUUUCUUUGGCCAGGCUGUGUGUGUAUGUGUAUAUAUAUAUAUAUAUAUAUAUAUAUAUAUAUAUAUAUAUAUAUAUAUAAUAUAUAUAUAGUGUUUGUUGCUCCAUCCACCAACGUCAUGUUGCACCACAGACUGUCCAGGAUUUGGCAGAUGCUUUAGUCCAGGUCUGGGAGGAGAUCCCUUAGGAGACCACCCGCCACCUCAUCAGGAGCAUGCACAAGCGUUGUAGGGAGGUCAUAUAGGCACAUGGAGGCCACACACACUACUGAGCCUCAUUUUGACUUGUUUUAAGGACAUUACAUCAAAGUUGGAUCAGCCUGUAGUAUGUUUUUCCACUUUAAUUUCGAGUGUGACUCCAAAUCCAGACCUCCAUGGGUUGAAAAUUUUGAUUUCCGUUUUUUAAUUUUUGUGUGAUUUUGUUGUCAGAACAUUCAACUAUGUAAAGAACAAAGUAUUUCAGAAGAAUAUUUAAUUCAUUCAGAUCUAGGAGGGGUUAUUUUUGUGUUCCCUUUAUUUAUUUGAGCUAUAUAUAUGUGUGUGUAUGUGUGUGUGUGUAUAUAUAUAUAUAUGUAUGUAUAUGUAUAUUUCCUGGCCAUAUCCAUGGCAGCACAACAAUGGGUAGCUCCUCCUCAUCCCUAGUUAGACAGGAACUAAUUAAAACAAGGGUAUAAGUACCCCUCCUACCCGCAGUCUUUUUGUUCCUGUCCUAUCUCUAGGACAGAUUAGUCUUUUCAGACUGAGAACAAUUUUUUAAAAAAAAUUUUUUAUGGCUUACGUGUCACACGUCAUGUGUCCUUAAGGGGUUAAAGGUUUUUACCCUUGGGUCCCAGGGGAGUUAAGCCUCUCUUCCUUGGAAAGCUCCAGUAAACGGGCCUGUGCAAAGGUUUCCCCCUGGAGAAACCCCCAGUGACUGGGGGAAGCUUGCAGUGACCCUAGGGGUAGCAAGCAUAAGGAGCCACUACCCUACUGACUGCAGUGACCCUAGGGGUAGCAGGUAUGGGCAAGGCACAAGCAGUAUGGAUAUACCCCCUUCUACCUUCAUUUUCCUGGUUAUCUGCCUUUUUUCUCGGAUUUGGAGGCAUUCCUCCUCUUGAUUCGGCAGUUCCAUGCCUGGUGUUUAUUUCUCCCUUCCUGUGGAGUGCAGCGCUUCCCUGGUGAUCUAGGGCUCACCCCUGUCUCUAUUCGUGGCAUUUUUGCCGCAUUUCUGGCGGUCUGCAGAGGUUGGGAGACCAUGCUGGCUUGGCGUCCGGUUUUCGCGGUUGCGCAUGCGCGGUACGUCCGAGGUUCCGAUGACGUCAUUCAGAAAGUUUGGGCGCCCUUUUUAAAGCGCCAACACUGAAAUCUAACUUUUCAACACAGUCUCUUGCUAAUUUAAAGCGGUACAGUGCAGUCUUCACCCAGUUGUGGUGCAGACUGAAGGUAAGUCUUUUAAAGACACAGAUUGUCUGUUUAGUCAGUUGAUUUUAUUUUUUACUUUAUGGGCUUAACUUUAUAGAUUAAUUCAUCUGAGAUCAUGGAUUCAGACUCAUCAGCUCAAAGUAAACGGUCACUAUUUAAAUCUCAGGGGUAAGCCAUUUCUUAUAUCAUUUUUUUUUUCUUCUAAACAAAAGAGUGCUGGCUAAUAAUUUUCCCUAUAUUAUAGUAGUACUAAAGGGAAAAAGACAACUGGAACAUCCAAAGGGAAGUCUCCCACAAGUUCCCUAUGCGAAGCAUGUGACAAGAGGGCCCUGGAGGGGAACCGCCUAUGCUCAGAUUGCCUACAGGCCGCAGGAUGUCCCACAUCAUCCACCCCGGAUUUGAUGCAAAUUAUUCAGAAUGCUGUAUCCCAAGGCAUUCAAGAGGAGGGCAGAGCCCACAAAAGGCCUAGAUAUGCAGAUCUUCCUGACUACUUCCAAUACGACUCUUCGGAUGUGUCUAUGGAGGAGACAUACAACGAGAGGUCAUCUUCCUCGGAUGAGGAAAAACCGCACGCUCCUGACACUUUGGACCCAACCGAAGUGGAUCACUUCAUUUCCAGGGUCCACAAGUCUCUGAGCAUGAAGGAACCUUCUAGAGAAAAGCCUUCUACAUCCAGUCGAUACUUUUCUGACCUCAGAAGAAAGAGGGUUACCUUCCCGGUUCAUGAGGCGAUUAAGGGCAUCAUUACAGAAUAAUGGUCCAAGACCGAGAGAAAACUUCCCAAUCAGGGGAGAAUUUCUUGCCUCUAUCCUUUUGACAAAAAUGACACAGGCCACUGGGAGUCAGCCCCUAAAGUGGAUGCAGCGGUGGUAAGACUUGCCAAGCGCACCACAUUUCCAGUGGAUAAUGCAGGAUCUCUAAGAGACUCCACGGAUAAGAAGAUGGACUCUAACCUGUCCAGGGCCUAUGUGGCAGCAGGCACAGGCCUCCACCCUGCGGUAGCCCUUACCUCGGUCUCCAGAGCUUUGAAGAUCUGGCUGGAAGGCCUGGAGGAGGAUAUCAAAGAGGGCAUAAGCAGAGCCAACCUCAUGGGUAGUCUACAAGACCUUAAACUGGACGUAGAUUUCACUACUGAAGCCUCAGUGGAUAUGGUCAAAGCAGUGGCCAGGAACAUGGCAUUUUCCAUCUCAGCUAGACAGGCUUUGUGGCUUAGAUCAUGGUCAGCAGAUGCUUCAUCUAAGAACAGCCUCUGCUCUUUACCGUUCUAUAGAGACAUGCCUUUUGGUAAGAACCUGGAUGAUUGCAUUAAGAAAGCGGCAGAUGGCAAGAAUGCUUUUCUACCCCAAGAUCGUAGGCCUAAGAGAUCCUUUCGGCCCAAAAGACCUUCAGAUCACUCUUCCUUUCGGGACUUCAAAUCCUACAGACCGGGUAGAGAAUAUGGAAGAUCCCAGCCUUGGAGAGGGGGGCAGUCUUCAGUCAGGGGAGAAAGAUCGAGAGGCUCUGCAUUCAGCAGGAACACGAGAGCUUUAUGACGGGUUGAUCUCCCAGCCUGGAGGGGUAGGAGCACGCUUCCUCCUCCUAUUCCAAAAGAGAUGGGAGUCUUCUACCAAAGACAAGUGGGUGCUGGACAUCAUCAAAAGAGGAUAUAUUUUGGGAUUCAGAGAUGCCCUACCUCGUCGCAGUUUUCAACUUACAAGAUGGCCGGGAGACAGAGACAAGAGAUUGGCUCUUCUGGAGUUUAUUUCUUCCCUGCAGCAAGAAGGCAUCAUUAUGGAAGUUCCAAAGGAGGAAAGAACACACAGGUUUUAUUCUCACCUAUUCCUCACAAGGAAGUCCUCAGGAGCAUGGAGACCCAUUCUAGAUCUUCACACUCUCAACAAACGAUUGAACGUAAGAAGAUUCAAAAUGGAGUCGCUUCAGUCCAUCAUCAAAGCAGUCUUCCCAGGGCAAUGGCUAGUGUCUGUAGAUCUGCAAGAUGCCUACUUCCAUGUUCCGAUCGCUCAACUGCAUCAAAGAUAUCUGAGAUUCGCAGUAGAAGGUGGGCACUUCCAGUUCCGAGCCCUUCCCUUUGGCCUCAGUACAGCUCCUCGCACUUUCUCAAAGAUCCUGGUGGUCCUGAUCGCUGAAUUAAGAAAGAGGGGCAUUGCCAUUUUUCAUUAUCUGGACGACAUCCUGGUGCUAUCAGAGGACAGGUACACUCUCAAUCAACAGGGACAGAUCUGCAUUCAGUUCCUGCAGGAACACGGCUGAAAGAUAAAUGGGAAAAAGAGUCGCCUUAUUCCUUCACAGUCCAUGCUUUAUCUAGGAGCCUUGUUCAACACUGCACUGGGGACAGUUCAGCUCUCAAGAGAAAGAGGAGUAAAGCUCAUCAGGAAGGUAAAGGAGAUACGACAAGUCAAGGUCGCUACGGCAGAGAAAGUCAUGAGCCUACUAGGGUCCAUUUCAUCAACCAUAGGCUUGACAAGAUGGGCACAAUGGAGAAUGAGAACACUCUCGAGGAAUUUCCUUUCCCAAUACAGAGGGAAGAAUCUACUCCAGCCCAUCAGGAUUCCCACCCCGGUCCAUCUAAGCCUGACAUGGUGGAUGAACAAGAAGGCUUUGUUCUCAGGGUUCCCCCUGGGGAACAUUCCCUGGAUUACUAUAACGACAGACGCCAGUCACUGGGGUUGGGGAGCCUACCUGCAGAACGAGGUCAUCCAAGGGAAGUGGUAGUUUCCUGCACACGAGACCCACUCAAACCUUCUGGAGCUUCUAGCGGUUUUCAUAGCACUAAAGCACUUUCAGCGUUUACUACAGCACAAGUGGGUGAAGGUGAGAAUGGACAAUGCUAUAGUAGAAGCACAUAUCAAUCAUCAAGGAGGUACCCGAAGUCGCAGUAUGGUAAGGUUGAUGAUUCCCCUGAUGUCUUGCGCACAGAAGAACUGCUGGAGCUAGUGGCGAUUCAUCUGCCAGGAUUGCAGAAUACGAUAGCAGACUUCCUCAGCAGGGUAAGGAUAGACCCAGGAGAAUGUCUUCAAGGAUAUCAUGAAGAAAUGGGGUCUUCCUCAGAUAGACAUCAUGGCCACCAACAACAAGAAGCUCCAGGGAUUCUUCUCAAGGGGUCACGAACCGCAGGCCCAGGAGAGGGAUGCCCGAUCAUGCAGAUGGGAGUUCACAAAGGGGUAUGCAUUUCCUCCCACUCCCCUCAUAUUUCCUCUACUAAGAAGGAUUCGGCAGGAACCAGUAUUUAUGAUCCUGAUUGCCCCCAUACUGGCCUCGCCGGCCUUGGUUCCCUCUUCUUCUGAGCCUCUGUGGGACCGUCCAGCAGUUCCUUCUCUUCUGCACCAGGGUCCUAUCCUACACCCAGACCCAGCAUUACUCAGCCUGAUGGCCUCGAAGUUGAAAGGGAAAGGCUUCUAGAGAAGGGUUUCUCGGCUGCAGUCAUAGAUACACUGUUACAGGCUCGGAAGCAUUCCACUUCCUCUACCUACUAUAGAAUUUGGGCCGCAUUUUCUUCCUGGACAUCUCCUAAGCAGAUUAACAUAUAGCAUCCUGCUAUUAAAGACAUCUUGGAGUUUCUACAAACGGGUCUGGAUAAGGGUUUGAGCUACAACACCUUAAAGGUACAUGUCUCCGCUCUUUAAGCUCUCACUGACCACAAAUGGGCCUUUAAUCCAGAUGUAUCCAGGUUUCUUGCUGCAGUCCUCAACAUUAAAACUCCGAUCAAGCCAUUUGCUCCCCCAUGAGAUCUACCACUGGUAUUGCAAGCCAUGAAGUCAGCUCCCUUCGAACCCUUGGAGUCCAUCUCUCCUCAUCUUCUUACCAUCAAGACCGUUUUUACUGGUGGCAUUAGCAUCAGGGAGAAGGGUUUUGGAGCUCAGUGCCUUAUCAGUCAAAGAGCCUUUCACUGUGUUUCACAGAGAACCAUUCCCGAAUUUCGUCCUAAGGUAACCACGGCCUUUCAUGUGAAUGAAGACAUAGUGCUUCCAGCCCUGACGCAAGAAGAACAUUCCCAAGAAGGAGGUUCUUCUCCGCUGGAUUUGGUAAGAUGUUUAAAAAUCUAUAUUGACAGAUCUCUUGGCUGGCGUUCAUCGGAUCAGCUAUUCAUCAUCCCGAAUGGGACUAGGAAAGGUCGCCAAGCUUCUAAAGAGGCCGUGAGCAGAUGGAUUGUCUCCGCUAUCAUUCAGGCUUACCGUGCCAGUGGGGUUCCAGUACUUAGCGGUCUAAAGGCUCACUCAACCAGAUCCCUUUCCUCCUCUUGGGCAGCCGCAGCGAGAGUCUCUCCAGAGCUUAUGUGCAUAACCGCUACAUGGUCAUCGGUGAACACCUUUAUUCGACAUUAUCAACUAGAUGUAAGAGCGGGUUAAUGGGCAUUUCAGCAUCCAACUAAUGUCUUUCUUUUUGUAUGAUUUCACUUAUAGAUGUGCUAAUACACUUGCAUUACAUAAUGUUUUUUUUCCCUCCCUUGGUUUUGCUUGGGUAUUGCUUAUUGUUGUGCUGCCAUGGAUAUGGCCAGGAAAGAGGAAAAUUAAUUCAUACUUACCGUAAUUUUCUUUUCCUGGUCAUAGGCCAUGGCAGCACAAAGAUCCCGCCCAGGGAUUUUGCUGGAAUACAAGACUGAGGGUAGGAGGGGGUACUUAUACCCUUGUUUUAAUUAGUUCCUGUCUAAAUAGGGACUGGGAGGAGCUACCCAUUGUUGUGCUGCCAUGGCCUAUGACCAGGAAAAGAAAAUUACGAUAAGUAUGAAUACAUUUUCCUCUGUGUAUAUAUGUAUGUAUAUGUAUGUGUGUGUAUAUAUGUAUGUAUGUGUUACAUAGUUACAUAGCUGAAAAGAGACUUGCGUCCAUCAAGUUCAGCCUUCCUCACAUUUGGUUUUUGCUGUUGAUCCAAAAGAAGGCAAAAAAAAACCCAGUUUGAAGCACAAUUUUGCAACAAGCUAGGAAAAAAAAAUUCCUUCUUGACCCCAGAAUGGCAGUCAGAUUUAUCCUUGGAUCAAGCAGUUAUUACCCUACAUUGAAAGAUUAUAUCCUUGAAUAUUCUGUUUUUGCAAGUAUGCAUCUAGUAGCUGUUUGAACAUUUGUAUGGACUCUGAUAAAACCACUUCUUCAGGCAGAGAAUUCCACAUUCUGAUUGUUCUUACAGUAAAAAAAAAAAAAACUUUCAUUUGCCUUAGACAAAAUCUUCUUUCUUCCAGUCUUGGAAGGCAAUUUGGCCUGAAUUUGUGGGAGGAGUUCUGCUCCUUAAAUAUACUACUACCUGGUCAUCAUUCUUAGAAUACAUAUGUUUUAAGAUCGUCUACUCUUCUUCAAGGAAAUUUUCAAGAAGUGAUUUCCAGGUCCCAGUUUUACGGUAUCAGGUAAAGUUUUUUUACCAAUUUUGCGUUUCUCCUGAGGCCUCAUUCAGCCUCCACGGCCUUGCGUAACCCUCACCCCCACCUCCCAAAGUGGGUUCUAAACGUUUAUACACACCAGGUUUAAAAACGCCACCUAGACACCAACUACUCUCAUAAACCUGCUCAACCGAGCUACUAUUGUAUUAACGUAUUAUUUCCUGUUUAUCAUUUCUACAUAAUAUUACUUAGACUUACGCUAUUUUACGCAGUUCCACUACGUUAUCAACAACCAACUGGCUACCCGGUCUCCUGCAUUCAGUAUCAGGUAUUUUUAAAUCACUUCGCAUUCAUAUCAUUUAUAAAUUCACAUCCCUGGGUACCCAGGGGCUUGUCUCUUAUUGUGGACCAACGUUCAGGUCCCUCAGUUUACUCAUGCUUAUGUUACAAUAUCUCUGGUACACACCUACCCAUACGUUCUACAUUUUACACUUGGCACACCGGUGGCACGCCUCAGGCCAACUAGCAUCUCUUUUUCCCUUGGGUUCUGGAUCGAGCCCGUUUCCUGUAGAAGCUAAUUUAUAGCCAUAUCGACGUCUACCUGUGCUUUGUCCGAACAAACAGGACUUAUACUCAAGGUUAGUAUUUACAUACGUACAUAUACAUCACUGCGAGAGACAAGCCCCAGUAGUUUAGAGAACUGGCUCCUCGGGUUAGGUUCUGGCCUUAGCUAAUUAAUACCCGGUCCCGCAAGGUCUACACCCCCACCUCAUACACGGAGGUUCGGCCCACGACCAAAUCAUAGUUUGCCACCUUGCUCGCCCUUGUUUAGGGCUGUAGCCAGGGCUUCCCAAGUCAGGGCCACACGUUUUGACUCUCUUUACGGUCACAGAGAGGCCUACAACCCGCCACCACGUGCCUGUUGCCACAAAAUACCCUCAGGCCAAAUCAUAGGUAGAGCCUCUCUCCGCCACUUGGCAAUAGCAGGGCCUCACCUGUCACUUGGUCUAGGUAAACUUUUCGCCUCUGCACUAGCUAGCAGGCCAGUUCUCCAGAGGUCUCCCUUUCACCUCCUCUUCACCAUACUCAUUCAAAUCAUUAUUCUCUUUCAGAUGUCACAAAAGCCGAUCCCCAAUCUACCAUAAGGCAACAUAGCCAGCGCGCCAAUCAGGCCUGGGUCUCCGGGAAAAUCCCUCACCCCUUUUACCCACAGGUCCCUGAGACACUGGACCAUUCCAAAAAUCUCAGCAGAGCUCAGACGCAGGGGUAUCCCCUUUCCUGCCCCGGCCAGAAACUCCAAACUAUAUAGGCUCAUGACCACUCAGGCCAACAUUCCCAGGCCAGGCUGUAGUUCACAAAUCUUGCCAGCUCACACUUCGUAUUCCACACGAGACACCCUGACUGCUAUACUCACCAACCUCCAAACGAUCAAUCACAGACUCGCGAAACUGUAAUCCGCUAUAGCCACACCAGGUGCCUUGUUGGGCUCGGUAAACCCACUUCAUAGGUUUCCCCGGCUCACCCUGUCCCUGACUUAAUCAGAAAGGGCAUUUCCAAGAGUAAUGACGUUAACUCCAUGGCCCUACUGCUGACCUCCCAAACUACGCUCACUAGCACGACAGUCAUUUCCACGGCUCACCACCCCCCCACCCCACACACUAGUCAGGGUGCCGGUCGGUGUGACAUUCCCGGACAGUCCCAUUACAUUUCUGGUGUGCAGUGACUUUAACGCCAGGGUAUGUAAUCUCAAAACAUGCGGGGCACUGCACAUCUGUUCCAUAUGCUUCAGAACCCACACCAAGUCCACUUGCCCGCCUGACCGAAGUUAACAUUGACAUCCUGGAAUACUAUCUCCAGUCACAUCCAGCUAGGCACCUGGUAGAUUAUCUGGUGAUGGGUUUUUCACACGAGUUUCACACUGGCCUUAUCGCCAUACCCACAGGUACCUUUUAUCCGCUUCCACUGACCCACUCACGGUGGACCACCUUCUGUCUACAGAAAUCACAGCCGGCUUUAUGAUUGGCCCUUUUCUGUCUUCACCUUUCUCAUCUUGGCGUACCAAUCCCAUCUGUAUAGCCAUUCACAAAUACUCCAACCAAAAACGUUUAAUUAUUGAUCUCUCUGCACCUCACUCUUCCUCCACUCCUAGUAUCAACUUCCCUCAUUCCCGAGUUCUCACUGCAAUACGCUAAAAUUGAUGAUACCAUGGAGGCCAUCUUAUUAGCAGGUUAAUGGAGCUUGGUUGAGCAAAACAGAUAUAACAAAUGCCAUCAAACUACCACCUAUUCACCCCUCACUAUGGCACUUACACGGUGUUAAUUGGAGAAACAGGUAUUUUUGGGCCACCCGACUCACGUUUGACUCUAGGAGCAGCCCCAGGUUAUUCGAUAUCUUCCCAGAAACACUCUGCUGGCUGAUCCUUAAUAUACUCAGGUGCCCCUCUGUCAUCCACUACCUAGACGAUUUUCUAUUGAUAGAACCAGACAAGCUGUCCCACAUUAAGAACGAGAUUGUCCUGUUCAUGCGGAGUGUUGUAUGCACUAGGAGGGGCCUCCAGUCCUUACUGGGGUCCCUCAACUUUGCUAUGCGCAUCAUUCCGCAGGGUAGAUCUUUUGUCUCCAGGCUUCUCAACUUGCUCCAUGGUGUGCCCGACUCACGCCCAAUCGUGUUGGACGAUCCGGCUAGGGCGGAUUUACACAUGUAGAGUAGUUUUCUGGCCGAUUGGAAUGUGAUCUCUUUGUUCAUUCUCCCCCACUUUCAGAGCACUCACCUUCAAUUCACACAGACGCAGGGUUCGCAGCCAUCUACGGCAACCACUGGUUUAGGGACGACUGGCCCCCUGAGACGGAUGCCUUGCCGGCCUUUAGAGAAACAUCUAGUUUAUUCGAGAUCUACCCCAUCGUAGUGGCCGCCCACACGUGGGGUCACCUUUGGAUCGGCAAGGCAGUUAGAUGCUUCUCCGACAACUUCGCAGCCCGCGACAUCAUUAAAGAAACACUAUAGUCACCUAAAUUACUUUAGCUAAAUAAAGCAGUUUUAGUGUAUAGAUCAUUCCCCUGCAAUUUCACUGCUCAAUUAACUGUCAUUUAGGAGUUAAAUCACUUUGUUUCUGUUUAUGCAGCCCUAGCCACACCUCCCCUGGCUAUGAUUGACAGAGCCUGCUUGAAAAAAAAAAAAACUGAUUUCACUUUCAAACAGAUGUAAUUUACCUUAAAUAAUUGUAUUUCAAUCUCUAAAUUGAACUUUAAUCACAUACAGGACGCUCUUGCAGGGACUAGCAAGCUAUUAUCAUAGCAGGGGAUAAGAAAAUCUUAAUUAAACAGAACUUGCAAUAAAGAAAGCCUUAAUAGGGCUCUCUUUACAGGAAGUGUUUAUGGAAGGCUGUGCAAGUCACAUGCAGGGAGGUGUGACUAGGGUUCAUAAACAAAGGGAUUUAACUCCUGAAUGGCAGAGGAUUGAGCAGUGAGGCUGCAAGGGCAUGUUCUAUACACCAAAACUGCUUCAUUAAGCUAAAGUUGUUCAGGUGACUAUAGUGUCCCUUUAACAAAGGUCGGUCCUCCUCCCUAACAAUUAUGAGGCUUAUUUGCAGGCUGACGUGGUUGGCAGCUACCUCUCAGUUCUCCCUAGUCUGUAUCCACAUUCCUGGUAUCCACAACACAGCAGCUGACGCUCUGUCACGCUCCCAAUUUGAUACCUUCUUCCAGGCACUCCCCACGGCCCACCACUUUCCAUUUAGGAUAUCACCUUUCCACAAGCUAAUCUGGGACUAAGCACACAAUUGCACCUCGCACAGGGUCACGACUUUCCCUUCACGUACGGCUUACUGUAUUGCACCAUGACACAUACAGGAGCUGGCUUAAAUUCAAGAACAUCGCUGUUAUAAUCAUGGUAAAUGUUUUGUUAAGCUUCAAACACUUACACCCCAGUCUACAUCACAAACAAUGGGGUCACAAGAAGCAUCAGCUCAGGUACUUACAUACCUCAAUCAGAGUGAAGCACCUUACAAACUUUCGUUACUCAUGCUGUAUUAACUUGCAAUAAAGUGUGGUUUCUUUGAAUCCUCUUUUGCCCUCUUUUUACAGGCCUACUCGUACGUUGGUUUCGGCACACCUCAACCAACUUUGCUUCCCCUUCUACUUUCCAUUACGUAUUAGAAAAAUUCCGAGCACAAGUUAGAAGGCCAUUUGGCUGGAAUUUGUGGGAGGAGUAAUGAACCUAUAUAAACCCUACCCCCCUACUUACCUUUGUCUUGCAAGCCGUUUGUCCUCACCCACCUACACCCAUCUAUAUUAACACUCACCCUUGUGGGCCCUCUUUUUACAGGCCUACUCGUACAUUGGUUUCGGCACACCUCAACCAGCUUUGCCUCCCCUUAUACAUUCCAUUACGUAUUAGAUAAAUUCCGAGCACAAAUAUAUAUAUUGUGUAUAGUGUGUGUGUGUGUGUGUGUGUGUGUGUGUAUAAAGACAGGUCUGCAAACUUUGUUACUACUGCAAGGUAUUCUGGGUGGGCAUAUGCAAAUUAGUUCAGCAUAUAAUCCCAUUUUUGUCCCACAUUAAAGGGACACUGUAGUCACUAUAACCACUUUGUCUCUUUGAAUUGGUUAUAGUGCCUGGAGUGGUCUGGCACUGUCCCUCCAUUCAGUGUUGCACCACGUUUGUGCAGUAUGCCACAAAAUAAGAGUCCCUGGCCACCCACAGUCCGGCCCCUUCUGUAUGUGUAGCUAAGGCAGAGAUUACACACUUCCUUGUUGUCAUACCCAUUCAUACCGUCAGUUGGAACUCUGACAGAUUAAGAGCAGUCAGCUGACACUCUCAACCAAUCACAGCUGCCCAUUGCCUCUCAGGGUAAUACUUCCUUAUUAGCCAAAGCAGCACAGAGGGGAUAGACUGCCGUGGACUCUUGUUUAGCAUUAAAACAUUACAACAUUAAAAACUGUUUAAUGCUGAAAGAAAUGAUGGUACCAGGGGACUCCAGACACUAUAACCAGUUUAAUGAGAUGAAGCAGAUACAGUGCCUACGGUGUCCCUUUAAGCAUGGAUUCUUUGAAGCUUGUUUCCUGUAUACAACAGCUUUGAAACACAAGGUGCAAAGGAAAAGUUGCAAAGCCAGAUAACCACUCAUUGACAGCUGUAUCGUUGUUAAAGGACCACUAUAGGCACCCAGACCACUUCAGCUCAAUGAAGUGGUCUGGGUGCCAGGCCCCUCUAGUUUUAACCCUGCAGCUGAAAACAUAGCAGUUUCAGAGAAUCCGUGAGAAGCAGCUGACGUCUAUAGGAAAGCAUUGAGUAAUGCUUUCCUAUGGGCGAUUUGAUAAUAAAAUAUUUGAAGCACUUUUAAGUGGGUAUAAAAACCUUACAACUUUCUAAUAGAACUUAUUUGAGUUCUAUUUGCAGAUGUAGAUUUAUACAUCUGAACAGUUGAAAUUGAGUUGAUUUAGACUAAAAGUGCAAACGUGAUCCAGUAAAAGUGUUUUUCAAAGGGUUUGGCAUACUGUUGCAGGCCAUGAAUUGCCAAUCUCCAGUCUGGCAAGACCUCUGGACCUGUCACUCCCCAAACUACCUAUGCUCAUUGUUAUUCUAUAUAAACCGCCAACAAAUUCCAUAACGCUGUACUAUUGUUUGGACUAACAGACAUGUAUUUGCAACAAGACAAGUUCGAGACCCAGGAAUAGAGGGUUUUAAGGACCCUGCUCAAACGCGUUUACAUUCUAGAGGUAGUCUGAUAAAGUGGCACAAGAGGUAAGGGCAGGAUGUGUUUAUUGUACGGAAAAAAGUAAUUACUAGAAUAUUUUACAGUGAAGGGUUAGUUUAUUGGAUGAUCGUUGCAGGAGAGGAAACAGGGUGGGUUACCAAUUUGCGGAGAGUUGAAAACUAUUAACUGUUUAAUUGAUAUGCUUUCCUGACUAAGUUGGUUUUGAAUGAUCUUUUGAAUGAACUUAGACAUGGUAAGCGUCUAACAGAGAAGAGAAGGUAUUUCUAUAGGAAUAGUGCAGUCCUAGAAAAGUAUUAGAGGUGUGGAGUAUGGACAGAGAAUAGAUGCAGAGCUGAAAGGCAUACUUGUUUAUUAGUGAAAAUGGGUAGGAGCAUUCUGUAGGGAUUUGUAACCAAGCACCAGAAUUUUAAAUUGAACCCAGUGUAAGAAAUGACCAGGGGGAGCGUGGGAAGUGCAGACACCGGAAGAUACAUUAGAUUGACCGUGAAAUUCUGUCUGUAAAUUUUCUAGCAGUUUUGCUAGAAAAUAUAUUGAUAAGGAGAAAAAUCAGUGAUUUUUUUAAAUUUAUUUUACCAGCUAUCAGUCAAUGUCUUAGCGUGCUGAGGCAUUGACUGACCAGGAAGAGCAGCAAAGACUUCCUACAAGAGGUCCCUCUACUCUCCAUCCAUAGCAACCGCACCACAUACUCUCUGGUUGGUAUGGAAAUUCACUAGUGAGCGCUUCUAGUGCUAGCUAGGGAGUAAAUGAACGUUGGCAACGAAACCUGCGUGCCAAAGUCACUGAGGAGAUUUGCCCUGCUUGGGGAUGCGUCUCAAAGCAGGGCAAAUCAAAGAAAAGGUCAUUUGGAGCAAAGGACUGCCUGGAGGUGGGUAUUGCACGUGAAGAAAUCAAUAUAUUUUCGUCAAAAUAUUAACAUAUAUAUAUUUUAAUAUAUCGAUAUAUUUUACAUUGAAAACACCUUGUAUCUUUUGUAUAUGCUGUAUUCAAUGUGUAUGGGAGCGAUCUCGGGUAAGCUAAUUUUUUCCUUUUCAGAAUUUUGCUGCAUUGAUCAUGUUAUCUUGAGUGCCAAUAACAGCUUGGCCUGCUGAUCGCUAGAUGUACAUAAGCUGAUUUCUUGCACUGGGUAUUUCAAGGAGAGUGUAACUUAAUAUUUCCUCCUAUCCCUUCACUGAGAGUUAAUGUUCUGAAUAGGACCUGUUUCUCUGGCAUAUGGGGAAAUUUAGUUGCUGGUUCCAUAUACUGAAAGUUUGUGAAGCUGUGCUGAAGUCUAGUCUGGAUGUAGUAGGUCAUGCUACUGUAAUUCAACAAUUACUGCUUCUUAAUUACCUUGACAAGCAAUAGUGAAGGUGUAUAUUUCUAUUUAUCUUUAUAUCCCUUUCUUUUGUUACAGGAAAACACGACAUGUAAACAUCUUGCUUUUUAUGGGCUAUUCCACCAAGCCUCAGUUGGCAAUAGUCACACAAUGGUGUGAAGGUUCCAGCCUAUAUCACCACCUACACAUCAUAGAGACCAAAUUUGAGAUGAUUAAACUUAUUGACAUUGCACGUCAGACAGCACAGGGAAUGGAGUAAGUUUUUUUUAAAUCAACUAAUUUGCCCCAACCCCCUUUUUAUUUAUUUUUUUUCCCCACAUUUAUCUUGUCAAGAAAAUUCUAUUUAUAUAUUUGUUUGUUUGUUUUUACAGCUAUUUGCACGCCAAAUCGAUCAUACAUAGAGAUCUGAAGAGCAAUAGUAUCCUUUAACCUUUAAAGCAAUUGUGUAAAAUGUUCCCCUAACAUAUAUUUAUAUAGUGCUUUACAGUAAUAGAAUGGGCAUAUUUGCAAGUAAUUAAUGUAGAGAAUAUUAACGGAGAUGAAGUAAACGAGCAGAUGACAGGACGAGAAUGGGUUUAUUUGUUGAGUGUAGAGGAAAUAUAGCAAGGAGUGGCAUUAUUGAGGGCUUAGCAGGUUAGUGUUUGAAUUAGCAGUUUGAAUUGAAUCAUGAUGGGUACAGAGGGGGUGAGGUGUUAAAGUAGCAGUGAGUCAGGAAGAUUAGCAUGGCGGUGGCCUCCAUUACAAACUGAAGAGGUACAAUGCAGGUAUUUGGAACACCAGUGAGACGUGAGUUGCAGUAGUCAAGUAGGGAAAUAAAUGUAUAUACAAGUGCCUUAAUUGUAUACAAAGUUAGAAAAAGGCAAAUGUGGGCAAUAUUUUUAAGGUGGAAGAUACAAGAUUUGGAGACAGCCUGGGUGUGAGGAGAAAGGGUAAGACCUGACUAUAAAAUAACUGAAAAGCAGUGAGUUUGAGAGAUUGGGGUAGUAGCUUCCCCAUUAACAUGUAGGGAGAUUGAUGGAGGUGAAAUAUUUGAGGAAAGAAUAUAGGGAUUUGAGUUUUUUAUUUUUUUAAACUGGCAGACAUCCAGUUAGAGAUGUAAGAGAGGAUAUUUGCAAUAUAUUCCAGGACAUGGGCUGGGGUGGGAGUAGAGAAGUUUAGGGACAGGGGAAAGUAGUUAAGAAUGGAAGCUGUGCGGAAAUGAGAAAGAGGGGAUAUUGCAUUCUCAGUAAAGUGACACAAUCACUUGCUGUGAGGUUAGGUAAUGGCAAGGUUGCAGUGAGAAGAAGGGAGUUAAAGGCAUGUAGGAUCAUGAGCAUAGAUGCAGAUGAGGCAAGGGACAUGGCUGAAGUAGGAACAUAGCAUAAAUGUGUGGUGUGAGUUGUACUCCAAUGCUCAGCUGUAUGGGAACAUUGUUUUAAGAAGCGCUAAAAAUAUUAAGAAAGGGAGAAAAUGGGAAAAAAAUAAUUCACACUUCCUGAAUCUCAUAAAUACAUUGAAAUGUUUAGAUGCAAUGCACAUGUAAUAACUGCUGCACGCUUUAGUGUUUCACCACAGCACACGGUAAAAGCAAAUACAUACAAAUUGGAACAGUGAUGGUGUGUAUAAAUUCCCCACACCAGAAACAUAAAAAUUGUACAUAUACUUGCAUAUCCAGUAGAUGGCACCAGUCAGUGGUUUCAAAUGGCUAAUUGGUGCCAUCUACUGGAUAUAUGUCUGCGUACAGUUAUGUUUUUGGUGUAGGUAAUUUAAACACUAUUGGUGCUCCACAUUUUAUGUAUUUAGUAUGGGAACAUUGUUCGAGAUAGUGGGUGAGCUUUCUGAGUUUGAAGAUAGAAAUCUAGCAGUGUGUGUGUAUGUAUAUGUGUGUAUAUAUAUAUAUAUAUAUGUAUGUAUGUAUAUAUAUGUAUGUGUGUAUAUAUAUAUGUAUGUAUAUGUGCUGCAGAAUCUACUGUAGGAGUGGUUAAAACAGAACAUGCUUUAUAUGAUACAGAUUUAAGAUAGUGCUCUUCGGUGGACUGUUUUUUUUUUUGUUUGUUUUUUUGUUUUGUUUUUUUUGAUACCAGAAUGGUAAGUGGAAGCUAGUUUGCUAAUAUCAAAUUUGCAAUUAGCAUUCGGCUUCUACAUCCAUUUUGUAUAACUUUUUUUUUUUAAAUUUUUUUGGGGGGGUUUUGAUUGUAAUAAACCUCUUAUGGGAAGCAGAGUAAAAUAUAAUAUUGUAUACAUUGGGCAAGGCAGUGAUGGCUAACCAUGGCACUACAGAUGAUUGUUGACUGGAUAUUUUCCAUGCCAAAUGGCACAUUAAAAGAUGCUGUAUAGCAAUUGCAUAAUUAGGUCUUGACUCCUCACUCCGUAAUUGAUUUACUUGGAAUAAUAGCCAAGGAUUAAAUAAAUAAUAAUCUUAUAAUAAGCUAUAUUGGCCUUCAGUUUGUAAUUACAUUGCAGAUUACCAGUUUAGUGAAAUAAGGUAUUUUGCAUUCUCCACUCUUAAUGUUGGAGUAUGUUAAGACUAUUUCUGAAAAGACCACCCAUCUAGCAUUAAACUGUUCAGCUAGAAGCCACGUCACUUCUACAAGAAAAUCGGUACAUUAUUUUAAAGUACUCUCCAUUUAUUCCAGAGCUUAGGUGUUUUUAUUUACUAGUGUUGGCAAUUUCUCUUACAUGAAUACAGAUUGAAGAAAUGGCGAAUUCUAACAACGUGACUCCACCGAUUUUCAUCUUCCGAUGUGACAGAACAGAUUUUAAUUUUUAUAUUUCGUUAUUGUUUACAUUUUGCCUAUUGUCGUUAUCCCUUGACUAACAAUUUCAGAUAUUUUUCUUCAUGAAGACCUCACGGUAAAGAUAGGUGAUUUUGGUCUUGCUACAGUGAAGUCCCGGUGGAGUGGCUCGCAUCAGUUUGAGCAAUUAUCAGGGUCCAUACUCUGGAUGGUAGGUGCCAAUACUGUAAACUUUUUAUAUCUGUUUAUGUUUUGGCAUUCUGUUUCUGAGAUUACUUUGCAGCCCUUGAAAUAUAGCUGGUUUAAGAUUUACUUCUUGUGGAACUUAUAUUUUUGCAGGCUACAGCUCCCAGACUGACUGGCCCAUGUGUCAUGACUUACCUCUAUCUUGGACUUUUUUUUUUUCCAUUUCAGGCUCCAGAGGUAAUUAGAAUGCAGGACAAAAACCCCUACAGCUUUCAGUCGGAUGUCUACGCGUUUGGCAUUGUUCUGUAUGAAUUAAUGACUGGACAAUUGCCUUAUGCCAACAUCAACAACAGGGACCAGGUAAUGUCUUAUAUUUUAUACUUCUGUGAAACAGCAGUGUAAUUGUAGUUACUCUUUCAGCCUGUUCACUAAACAGAAUUGACCAUCAACGUGAAGAUAACAGAAUAAAAUAGUCUGGAAAAUAUUUUCUUGUUGUUUGUGGCAGUUUGGCAAGUCAGUUGUCCAUUCACAAAGGCAAUUAAUUCACAAAGGGCAAUUUUAAAUUCUGUUUUUAUUAUUUUUCUUUUCAACAAAAGGUGAAAAAGUUUUAAAUAAGCUUGUAAGAAAUGUGCCAUUACAAUAUUUGCUAAAGAUGGAAGCUGUAUGACAUUUUAUAAAGGCAUUCUACUCUCUUUGGACAAGUGAUGCUAUUAGAAGUUCACUAAAAGGAAAAACCUUAAGGUUUGUAUAUGUACCGGAGGACAUGCAGGAGAAAAAAGGGGGGAGGGGGGUGUAGAGUGAGUUACCUCCCUAAUUGUUAUAUUGGACUUUGGAACCUCAUAUUUAGAGGGCUUGUAAAUGUCCCGCAUAGAAGCCAGUGGGUUGAAAUAUCAUGGUAAGUUUGGUUUCCAUUGGCAAUAAAAAUGAGCUCCUCCUUGAGUUGGUACCACAAGUUAUGGGGGCUGCUACUGCCCAAAAAAAAACAGCAGUAGCAGGCCUUUGGCUCCAUUCAGGAUUCUAAUUGUUCCUCAGCCUAUAAGAAAUCUAUGACAGGCUAUUGUAUGGUGCAAUAGGAAUGGGGCAGGAUGGAGAAAAGAGGGAUUGCCUUAAAAUAUAUUCAGUAUCUUAUGCAAUUUUUUGCAGUAUUAACGAAUAUGGAGACAUUCCUACCAUAAGUGGAAAAGCGUAUCCUUUGUCUGCUGACACCACCAACACUGAUUGUCAAUAUAGGUUUUGAAAGCUUUUGGAGUCUUGUACCAAAAAAAAAAGGAACAUCUAGUUUGGUGGCAAUAGCAUGCCAAAUACAAAGUAUAGCCUAUAUCGGGGCUGACAAGCCUCUAAUCUUUCUCACUGAGGUUUGUCCAUCCAUGCCAAAACAAUAAUUGAUCUGCAAACAUACGCAGCCUCCACCUCUUUUCACAAAUUAACAUGAAUUACUUCACCAUCCUUUGUAGAUGUUUAACUUGGUAAUAGUUUGAAGUCCAGGAAAGCCUGACCGUAGCAUGAGGGUAACAUAUCUGAUGCAUGGUUUAGUGUUGUCCCAAAUAAACCUAAGGAUAAGGGAGUGUAAAGCUGUGAAAAAAGCUUUGGGAAUUCGAUUGAAAAGGAUGAAGUGCAAGUGGGAGAAGAUUCUUUUACAUUUUGAGUAUCCCCACUCUGCCAAGCUAGAAAAAUUGUGGCUACGCACCAUCCUCCAAGGGGUGGAGAAAUUGGUUAAGGAUCUGAAGAAAGUUUGCUUGAUAGAGUUGGCAGAGCUCUUUAGUUGGCAACACUCGUAAGUAUUUCAGGGAUGUUUUAAACCAUUGAAAGGGAGAACUCUGGCAGACUGGUCCAUCUCUAGUGCUAGAGAUAUAUUAAAGGUAAUCAGUUUAGAGUAACUGAUGCAUAAGGUUGCCCUGGGACUUCUCCUUUUUAUUGCAUCAAUUAGUCACCAGCUAGUAAUGUACAAACUUAAGCAUCCUGGGAGAGCUUCUGGUUCCACUGCUCAGUCUGUCAGUGGUGAAGCUCUGAGUGGCACUGUGCUUGCAGAGAUGAAUUUAGGACUAAACAUCAUAUCUUCCACUCACCUUGCAUGCUGGUAGCCUUGGUCAGCUUUUGACAGACUGGCUAGAGAUGAAGAUCCUCUGCUGUGAACCUGCUGUCCACAAUACACGGGGAUGGGGUGGGCACACAAGGAUAAAAACGCAAAGAGGAGUAAGGAAAGAGACACAAGUGUGUGUGGGGGAUAAGGAGAUAUGGAAGAUUUUAUGUUUUAUGAUUUGUGAGUGCUUACUGGCAAUUCUGCCACACGUUCCAAAUACUUUUGGUGUCCCGCUAGUCAGUGGACCAUUUUUGCUCAACACACAAUUGUUGCAUUUUUGCCUCUAUUUGGCAGUGUGUAUAACAGUUAUGUCCAUAUAGGUGGAAAUGCUUGCAACUUGUAGAUUAAUCAUGAGAAGAAAGAGAAAUUAAAUUGCCUCAUGUGUUGCAAAUAUGACAAGAAAUUACUAGUUACAUUCCAGGAAAAGGUAAACGGGUCUCCAGAUGAUGGAGUAAAGAAUAGCUACUUAAACUUGGUAGUUGGCAAUAGAAUUAGGAAGCAUUGGGUUUGGAUAAGGGAGAUAAAUGAUUCAGGGUAAUCCAGUGUUGUGUUUGGGUUUUUCUAUUAAAUUUAUUUUGCCAUCACAUUUUUCAGAUAAUAUUCAUGGUUGGGAGAGGUUAUUUGUCCCCCGAUCUCAGCAAGGUUCGGAGUAACUGUCCAAAAGCAAUGAAGAGGUUAAUGGCAGAUUGCCUAAAGAAGAAAAGGGAUGAACGGCCCCUGUUCCCACAGGUAAGAACCAAACCUAUUGUGUCUCAGUGGACCUUCAUUAAUACCAUAAUACAUUGCCACUUUAAAGGAACACUCCACUCACCAUUACAGCUCCUUGCAGGAGCCUUGGACUCCAGGAGACAGAGGUGAGAUCCUGGUGGGCUCCAGGUUAGUUGUCAAACCAUUCUUAAACAGUUUAACCAUUUACUGUGGGAGUGUGCCAGGACACUCCUUGCAUUAUAUGGUGUUUGUAGUGUUUCUUUAAAGGAACACUGUAGCAUUGGGAAUACAUGUAAGUGACCAAGCCCGGUUUAAAAUGUGAUUUUACUUUUUUCUCCCUCACUGGCUCUGGAAUUCUGCACCCCCUCUUGGCUGAGAUCAUUGAGACUGAUCUCAACCAAUCCAGUGCUUUGUCAUAGGAAAGUGCUGGGAGUUGAGUGUGCAUUAGGAGCAUGUUACCCAUGCAGUGAAAACAUUGACAUUCUUGCAGAAUGACAAUGUUUUCAGUUGUAGGGUUUAAGAAUGGGGGGGGUUAGACUCAGAAAAACAAGCAGUCUGAUGACUUCAUCAGAAGUGGUAGCCUGACCCAAUCACAAUGCUUCCCCGUAGGAUUGUCUGAGACUGACAAAGGGGCAGAGCCAGUACAAUUUAAGCACAGCCCUGGCCAAUCAGCAUCUCCUCAUAUAGAUUAAUUGAAUCAAUGAAUCUCUAUGAGGAAAGUUCAGUGUCUGCAUGCAGAGGGUGGAGACACUGAAUGUUUGGAUGCAUUUUAGGCAGCCAUGACCCAGGAACGAUCUCUAACAGCUAUCUAAGGAGUGGCCAGUGAAGUUAUCACUAGGCUGUAAUGUAAACACUGUGUUUUCUCUGAAAAGACUGUGUUUACAGCAAAAAGCCUGAAGGUAAUGAUUCUACUCACCAGAACAAAUUCAAUAAGCUGUAGUUGUUCUGGUGACUAUAGUGUCCCUUUAACCAAUAUAAAUGUAAGUUGAUUUAAUUCAAUGUUUUUUCUAAUGGAUUUUAUUCUCUAUUGAUACCACUGCUUAAGUCUCUCUAUAUCAUUGCAUCUUGGCAAAAAUAUCCAGCAUUACCUGUCUACACAAGCAAUGCUUAAACUCUGGCACCACAUAAUUGAUGGUGUCUUACUCAUAAUGCUCUUUUAGAUACUGACUGAAUAUCAUGUGCUUUGUCUAAAACGAGCCUAGAGGACACAUGUCUGUAUUGCACUAUGCUCUUUAAGUUUUUGGGUUUUUUAAUUUCCCUUUUCCUUAGAUACUUGCAUCCAUUGAACUCCUGGCCCGAUCAUUGCCAAAAAUUCACCGCAGUGCGUCAGAGCCGUCCUUGAAUCGAGCUGGCUUCCAGACGGAAGACUUUAGCCUCUAUGCCUGUGCUUCUCCAAAAACUCCCAUCCAAGUCGGAGGAUAUGGUGGGUUUACCAUACACAGACUUUGAGAAUGCGUUGUUGGGGAAAUCUUUGCAAGCACUUAACUCCCUGCUGGCAGGAGUGUGCCUUGGUUCAUAUAGCAGAUCAGUGUAUUGAUAAGAUGUUAUGAUGUACAGGGAAAUCUCCAAAAGAUUGUACAGUCAGUCUGUAUAAAUGUCUG